GGCCAAUCCUCCUGAGACCAGAGGCUCUGCCGGACUGCUUUCUCCGUCGCUCCCAUCCGACGCCAAAGCGGCGGGACUUCCGGUGUGUUUCCGCGGUAUCAGAACCCUGUGUGAGCUAUCCUAGAAGACAACAAAGAAGGACUCUCCUUUUGGUUACCUACCACUGGCCCCAUGGCUGCCAUGCAGAUGGAUCCUGAGCUAGCCAAGCACCUCUUCUUUGAAGGGGCCACUGUGGUCAUCCUGAACAUGCCCAAGGGGACAGAGUUUGGCAUUGACUACAACUCCUGGGAGGUGGGGCCCAAGUUCCGGGGUGUGAAGAUGAUCCCCCCGGGCAUCCACUUCCUCCACUACAGCUCUGUAGACAAGGCCAAUCCCAGAGAGGUUGGCCCUCGAAUGGGCUUCUUUCUUAACCUGCAGCAGCGGGGGCUGACAGUCUUGCGUUGGAACGCCAUCCGGGAAGAGGUAGACUUGUCCCCAGCCCCAGAGGCUGAAGUGGAAGCCAUGAGGGCCAAUCUCCCAGAGCUGGAUCAAUUUCUGGGACCUUACCCAUAUGUCACGCUCAAAAAAUGGAUCUCGCUCACCAGCUUUGUCAAUGAGGCCACAAUGGAGAAGCUGCAACCUGAGAGCCGGCAGAUCUGUGCCUUCUCAGAUGUGCUGCCUGUUCUCUCCAUGAAGCACACUAAGGAUCGGGUGAGGCAGAAUCUACCCCGCUGUGGCACUGAGUGUAAAAGCUACCAAGAGGGCCUGGCCCGGCUACCUGAAAUGAAACCUAGAGCUGGGACAGAGAUUCGCUUCUCAGAGCUGCCCACUCAGAUGUUCCCAGCAGGUGCCACACCAGCAGAGAUAACCAGGCACAGUAUGGACCUCAGCUAUGCCUUGGAGACUGUGCUCAGCAAGCAGUUCCCCAGCAGCCCCCAGGAUGUGCUUGGCGAACUCCAGUUUGCCUUUGUGUGCUUCCUGCUGGGCAAUGUGUAUGAGGCAUUUGAGCAUUGGAAGCGACUUCUGAACCUCCUGUGCAGAUCAGAAGCAGCCAUGGUGAAGCACCACACCCUGUACAUCAACCUCAUCUCCAUCCUGUACCACCAGCUUGGUGAGAUUCCUGCCGACUUCUUUGUGGACAUUGUCUCCCAAGACAACUUCCUUACCAGUACUUUACAGGUUUUCUUUUCCUCCGCUUGCAGCAUUGCUGUGGAUGCCACCCUAAGGAAGAAAGCUGAAAAGUUCCAAGCCCACCUGACCAAGAAGUUCCGGUGGGACUUUGCCUCAGAGCCUGAAGACUGUGCCCCAGUAGUGGUGGAGCUACCUGAGGGCAUCGAGACUGGGUAAUUCUGCAAAUGUUCAAACCAUGAGAGGCCUCUUCUAAUUUGGCUGCAGCCCUGGUCUCUCCAUUCACUGUAUCCCAUCCUGGAACCCUCCACGACAGUGAUCCUACUAGGUUCUGUAGAGAUGGAGCCAGAAUUCCCUCCUGCACCAAUAAAUAAGUUUCUUCAUUGCCAAAGAGGCUAUAUCCAUUCUGAAAGCACAUUUGUGGGUUCCUUUGUCAGUCUGGCCCUGGUGCCAACUGACAGGUUCUUCUAGAAGCUCCUUGGAGAGACCUGAUUCAUCAGCAGCCUAAUUCCUUCUGAUGAGAAGAAAUUGAACUGAAAGUCCGUGAGAACUGACUGCUUGUUCCAGAGGGUGAUUAGAAAACAAGAAGCCCCAGGGUUCCAAAAUGUCAGUUUGUGAUUUUUUUUUUUUUUUUUAAGUUAAAUGUAGGGUCAUGGGCUGAGCCAGAAUUUCUGCCUGCCCCUGGUUGAAUGGGAGUCCCUGACAGAAAAUGUGGGCCCUCAAGUGCCCAGUAUCAGCAGAGGUAACAAAGAAGGCAAUUGGGUUGAGUGACCGGUGGUCAGCAUUAGCUUUUUCUCCCUAAAUCCCAUGCUCCUGUCUAGAGGCCCAGUGGAUAAUCUGAAAUUGGUAUGGUCCCUGAUCUCAGGAGCAGUGCUGGUGCUAUCACCUCUCAGUCAAUCCACUCUGAAAUUUCAGACCCAAAAGUGGGAUGUGGCAGCCCUCUCUGCUAUCCCCAUUCCUCACCAGAGCCAUCGUGACUGUUUCUGAGGACCUGGAGAUUCAACAACAAAAAGGAAGUUUUUUGCUCCAUGCAGGGUUUUUAGGCCCUGUUGAUGUUUCAUGCCUUUUCUUCGGAGCUCUGAAGAUGACCUAGUCAGCCUAAAUCUUCCAUCCCUGCUAUGGAAUUCUGUCAUCAGAGUAAUGAUGCUUCUGGUUUCCCAGGAGUCCCGAGGGCAUGCCCAUUGUGCUGUGUGGGCAGAGUUCCAUCUCUAGAUGGAAAUAGUUCCUCCACUCAGACCUCAAAUUGUUGUACUCUUGAGUCUGGGUGCCAUCCUCUCCAAAGCUGGGGGCUCACAGCAGGUUUCUGAAUGAGAACUCCUGCUGGUUAAGACUUUCUCUCAUUUCCUUGGAGAUGUUUUUCCGAGAGCAUAAUGUACAUUAAAGUCUGAAUUGAGACUAAUCCACUUGUGUGAGUCUCUCUUACAGAUAAUCUCCCCACUUUCUGAGCUGCCAAGAUGUUGUCUGUAGAUGCACAUCUCUGCAGAGUGCCCAGGA